CCACGGGAGACGGACCUGCGACUUGCCGGGGAGCGCCCGGUGGGCGGGGGCGGCUGGAGACCCAGCACGGACAAGGCCCCAGACACGGGAGUCCGAGCCUGGCGCUCGACUGUGCGUUGUCUUUAAACUCCAGUCGCGGGCCUCGGUGUACAGGCGACCCCACUGAGAGGCCACCCGGCUGACACGGGGCGCUGCCCGACCCCUGACUUUAGGCGGGCUCUCUGGGGACCCGUCUGAUGGCAGAACCAAGAGCUGUAGCCAACUAGACUUCAACGUGCGGUAGACGCAGGUUUGGGUACCGGCUCCGGUGUUUGAUUUGGGGUCAAACGUAGCCUCUCUGAGCUUCAGUUUCCUUGGCUGAAAAUGGAAAAGAACCCAAGGGCACCAUGUGUGCCUCGAGGCUCUACACCUUGGUACUCGUGCUGCAGCCUCAGCGAGUCCUCCUGGGCAUGAAGAAACGAGGCUUCGGGGCCGGCCGGUGGAACGGCUUCGGAGGCAAAGUUCAAGAAGGAGAGACCAUCGAGGAUGGAGCCAAGAGGGAGCUGCAGGAAGAGAGCGGUCUGACCGUGGACGCGCUGCAGAAGGUGGGCCAGAUCGUGUUUGAGUUCGUGGGUGACCCCGAGCUGAUGGACAUGCACAUCUUCUGCACAGACAGUGUCCACGGGACACCAGUGGAGAGCGAAGAAAUGCGCCCCCAGUGGUUCCAACUGGACCAGAUCCCCUUCGCUGACAUGUGGCCCGAUGACAGCUACUGGUUUCCCCUCCUGCUUCAGAAGAAGAAGUUCCACGGCUACUUCAAGUUCCAGAGUCACGACACCAUCCUGGACUACAAGCUUCGCGAGGUGGACACAGUCUAGGACAGAGCUGAGCUCGUCCCUCGGCCCAUGAGCAUCCCUGCCCAGCCACGCUGUGGCUCCAGGCUCAGCACACCGGCCGGGCCUCCAGUCUGUCUGGCGCAUGAUUGGAUGGAAAGGAAAAUAAACCUCUUUUACCUUUUCAACAUUCCUCACCGGGCCUCACGAAGUCCCAUCCUCGGGGAGCCGCCAGAAAUGCCUGGCUGUGACCUGCACCGCUGGACAGAGAUGGGGGAAAGAGACACAGGCGCAAAAGGGGAGGGGACGGCUUUUCGGACGUCCCACGGGGGAGAACUGGUGCGGGAGGCCCGGCAUUGGUGUGCACGGGGCCGCGGGAUCCCAGGGAUGGGCUAGAGGCCGUGUCCUCCUCUCACCACCCCCCUUACGGGGAAACCGAGGCGCAGUCACGGCCCAGGGCUCCAACCCCCAUCUAAUGUACCAUCACUUGGUCACCCUCCGUCCCCCAAGACAGGCUGAUCUCGUCCUGGUUUCUGACCCUGGGGAGGAGGCUGGGGGGUACCAACCACUGACACAAAAACUUCACAACUUGACCCGACUUUUA